UUUAAGUCUUUUAGCUCUGGUUGAAGAUCAUAUCAAGAGGUGGCUGAAACUCUAAUAUCAAUAAACAGGUUAAGUCUUCACUGGUGAUUAUUGAAUUUUAUGGAAUUUGAAAGCAUCCUUAAUGGAUUAGGAUGGAUUUUUAUUUGGACACUGUAUUAAACGUAAUACUUUCCACUUACUUCAUAAACAGUAAAUGCUUAAUAAUUUUCACUGAUGGAGAUAAUGUUUUUAAUCAUAACUUGUCGAUACCUGUAAUUAACGUUAAAAUUAACAACGACAACAUACAUUCCGAAGUGUUUUUGAAUUCUUUUGGAUGCCAAGGAAUAGUUAUGAAAUCUGACAGACCGUCUACAGUUUUUCAAACUUUCGAAAUGGAAAUUAGAAACAGUACGGAAAGAUUCAACCACAGACAGUUUUUAAUAGCAACAGGAGCAAAUUCAACCGAAAAUCCAAUGGAGAUAUUUGAAUCCACCCAGAUACAAUAUGUUGCCGACUUAUUAAUUGUAGAGGAAACUACUCACAAUAAUUCUAAUGACCUUGGGGAAGUUUAUGAAUUGUGGACACAUAAAUAUACCGGACUACAAAAUAACUCAGAGAAAGUGGUAUUGGACGUUUGGUAUUCACUGAACGAAUCAUUUUCGUACGGUGCAAAUUUAUAUCCAAACAAAUUAAAAAAUCAAAUGAGCAGAGUACUUAAGAUGGCAACUUUUCAGUAUGAACCGUACACAAUUAUUGGUAAGAGAAAUACGCAACAUAUGGGCUCCGAGAUGUCAUCUAUGUUAACUUUCGCCAAGUUUCUGAAUAUGACACCGGAAUUAGUGAUAAAUUCUGAUGAUUUUUGGGGAGCUAUUUAUGAAAAUUGGACUGGAAAUGGACUAAUGGGUAAUAUAGUUAACGAUAAAGCAGAUAUAGGCUUAGGGUCACUGUACACGUGGGAAUCCGCUUAUCAUUACUUAGAUUUGUCAUUUCCAUUAAUUAGAACUGGUGUAACUUGCUUAGUACCUGCUCAAAAAGUGGAUGCUGGUUGGUUAACACCAUUAUAUUCUUAUUCUUAUAUGUUGUGGGCCUUCGUUAUAACAACUUUCAUGCUUGCUGUUUUCGGACACGCCGUUAUUUAUUAUUUGGAAGAGGAGAAUCUAUUCCAGGCAAGAAUUAUUGAACCAUCAAGAUUGAAGUACAAUCAAUCGGUAUUUGUUAUUUAUAAAUUAUUCGUUAUACAAGCCCUGAAGAAGUCCGAAAUUCCUCCCGGAAGACACGGCGUCUUAUUUAUUGGAAUCAUGUAUAUGUUUAGCGUGUUUCUAUCAAACACGUAUAGUAGUGGUUUAGCUUCUGUUAUGACAAUUCCUCGCUAUUACAAUGUCAUAGAAACCGUGGAGGAAUUUGUCGAUAGUGGUAUUAGUUGGGCUGGAAACCAUGAUGUUUGGACGGAAUCUAUUAGUCAUGCAAAACAGGAGCCAUAUAAAACAAUUGUUGAUCGUUUUGUAACUGUACCUGAUAAAAGAAAAUUGGAAGAAUACGCAAUAAUUGCGAAAACUGCGUUUGCAUUGGAACGAUUACCAAACGACAAUUAUGCCAUUGGAACGUACAUUACAAGGGAUGCUAUUGAACAUUUGAGAUUAAUGAAAGAAGAUUUUUAUUGGGAAGAAUCUGUAAUUAUGACCAGAAAAAGUUCAGUGCUAUUGCCCAAAUUGAAUGAAUUUAUAUUGAGAUUAGCCGAAACUGGUCUUAUAUCAUACUGGCAACAUGAAGUAACGAUAACACGCUUUGAUAUUUUCAAAUAUUUAGACGCGACACGCGUGGGACAGCGAUCCCGAACGGCGCGAGCGGAGUAA